AUGCCUUCCUUCAUCAAGACUGUUGCCGCCAUUGCUGUGCUGGCCACUGCCGUGACCGCUCAGUCCGACACCACGCCUGUUACAGGCAAGCUGGGCAACGCCACUGUCCAGAAGAACAACCCUGCCGGUGUUGCCUACAUCGCGAGCCUCAGCCCCACCAGCAAGAGCAACAUCUCGGGCAAUGUGCUCGCUCUCACCAGCUCCGACAUGGUCGGUGUUAACUUCCAGAUCGCACUGACCGGUCUGCCCUCCGAGGGUGGUCCUUUCUGUAUGUUGCAGAUUCCGCGCCAACGUAUAUGCCUAUUGCUAAUCGAGGAUCCCAGUGUACCACAUCCACGACUACCCCGUCCCUUCCGAUGGCAACUGCACUAG